GAAUCAUUCAGUAUCAGACUGAUGGAAGCCCAGCUUGAGGAAAUCCAACAGAUGUUGGAGAAACAGUGUCAGCUCAACGAAGACCUACAGAAGCAGAACCAGGACCUGAAGCAACAGCUUCAGCAGAAGGAGAUUCAUUUAAAAGAGCUGCUGGAAAGAUUGAAUGAGUUUGAUUGUCCAUUUCAACAAAAUAAUAAUGAAGUACCUGAAGUUAGAGAAAGUCGGGCAGCUGUCAUGGCUCCGGAGCCGGUACCAGAAGAGCUGGAUAUACCUGACAGCAGGGUUCAUAAAUCUGACAGUGAGACGGCUCAGAUCAUCAAGGCCAUCGCUAAGAGCGACUUUCUCAGUCGUCUGGAUGAGGAGCAGAUCAACAUGAUGGUGGAGAUGAUGACAUCUCUGAACUUCUGUCCUGGCGAUGAGAUCAUAACAGAAGGCACAGAGGGAGACAGCUUGUACAUUGUUGCUGAGGGAGAGUUAAGAGUAAUGCAGGCUGGCCGUGACCUGCGAACUUUAACCUCAGGUGAUGUGUUUGGAGAGCUGGCCAUUCUAUACAACUGUAAACGUACAGCGUCUGUCAAAGCCGUCACUAUCGUGAAGUUGUGGUGCAUUGAGAGACAAACAUACCGAAGCAUCAUGACCAACAAAUCCAAGAAGAAACGAGAACAACUCAUGGGCUUCCUGAAGACAGCUCGCACCUUAAAGUCCCUGAACAAUGUGCAGCUGUCCAAGAUCAUUGACUGCAUGGAGGAGGUGAAGUUUGGGAAUAAUGAAGUCAUUGUUCAAGAAGGAACAGAGGGCGAUUCGUUUUAUAUUAUACUCAAAGGAGAGGUUUUAGUGACGAAAAAAGUGAACGGACAGCAGAAAGUCAUCCGUAAGAUGGGUGAGGGGGAACACUUUGGAGAACUGGCUCUUAUACGCGAGAUCCUCAGGACAGCCACGUGCACAGCUGUUGGAAAUGUUACCUGCUUUUCCAUUGAUAAAGAAGUUUUUGAGGAGACAAUUCCUAUUGACAGCCUGGAGCUCCAUGAUGAACCAGAUCUAAUUGAGGAUGUUGAAAAGCCAAAGAAUGUGGGGCUGAAAACCUCUCUGAAUUUAAGAGAUCUGAUCCCUGUGCCGUACCAGGAGGGCCGCUAUCAAGGAGAUCCUGUCACUCUCGGUGUCGGGGGGUUUGGAAGAGUAGAGCUGGUAACUACCCUACAGCACAGAAAGUACUUUGCUAUGAAAAAGGUCAGUAAAAAGCACAUUGUUGCAAAGAGGCAGGAAUCUCACAUUCUUCUGGAAUUGAGAAUUCUUCAGGCGAUCCAGUGCGACUUCAUCGUCAGACUCUACGCUGCCUUCAGAGACACUCGAUACAUCUAUAUGAUCAUGGAGUUCUGUUCCGGUGGAGAAAUCUGGACCAAACUGAAAGAAGCGGGGCGAUUUGAGGAGAAUAUAGCUGUGUUUGUAACAGCAUGUGUGGUUGAAGCCUAUGCAUACCUUCAUAAGAAAGGAAUCCUAUAUCGAGAUCUGAAACCAGAAAACCUUAUGCUGGACUAUAGAGGAUAUGUAAAACUGGUUGAUUUUGGCUUUGCGAAAGAGCUUUCUCGAGGUGAAAAGACAUAUUCAUUUUGUGGUACUCCAGAGUACAUGUCUCCAGAGAUCAUUCAGAACCACGGUCAUGACUUUGCUGCUGACUUUUGGUCACUUGGUGUUCUGGUCUAUGAGCUCCUUGUGGGGAGUCCGCCCUUUUCCAGUUCAGAACCACAGAAGAUCUAUGCAAAGAUUUUGGAUGGGGUGUUGAAUUUCCCCCCUUAUCUUGGAGAAAGUGCCAAAUCUGUGAUCAGUAAAUUAUGCAGGCCACGACCUGGACAGCGACUGGGUAACACAAAAAAUGGAAUUAAAGAUGUCAGACAUCACAGAUGGUUUAACAGCAUUAACUGGCAUAAAUUAAGAAUGGGGCAGCUGGAGGCACCAACGAUCAGACUCAUUAGAAAGGGUCCCUGCUACAUAAACUUUGACAUCUUACCCUAUGAUAAGACCAAAGCAGAGGAGGAAUUUUCAGGUUGGGAUCAAGUUUUCUAACCAGUUGUCAACUCCUGGAAUCUCUUGCACAUCUACUGAUCUACUCAAUGCCUAAUACCAUCAUGUACAUAUCAAUAUUUUCUCUGGGCACCAGUACCAAAAAAAUCACAAUUUAGACCAAUUUCUAUCCUCUGUGAAUAAACCUUAAAUAAUGUGUGUGGUUUUGAGGCUGACUUUCCUUUAAGAGUUCAAUGUAAAAUGUCAAGUGCUACGAUUGGCUUACAAUUUUUACAAAAGAAAAACAUCUCUGUUGUAAGAUUUCACAAAGAGAAUAAUGGGUGAAUGCAUUUGCCUGAUUAAAUUGCAUUUGUGAUGAGACAUCUGUCAUCUUUGGGGUAUAAAUUAUGGAUUGAUACAGUACAGUACUGUAUGCCUUCUGUGUUGUUAUAAUUCGGCAGCAUAAAACCAAUCUGACUCUGUAACAUUUUAAGUGAAACAUGUGAGUUACAUAAUUUAUAAUCUUAUUUCACUUUGCUUUGACCUGUUUAUCUAGAUUUUAAAUGUUGAAAAGUUGGCUGACUAGAUUUCAUGGAUUCAGAAGACUGGCAAAGGUAUUUUUAUUUAGAGGGUGAAUAAUGCCCAGGUAAAACCUUAAAGAUGCUGUGUUCCACUAUGCAAAUGAGUUUAUCUCAACAGCCAAUCACAGCACUAUAAGUACCACAGAUAAACGUCACUUACUGUUGUGAGUCUUAGGCUCAGAAGGACAAUGCAAUGACCUGUCGUAAAACUAAACUCUUCAAUUCAAUGUACCUGCUUCUGGCAUAUCAAUAGGCAUUGCUUGGCCUUUAUGAUUUAUAGUUGUUUGAAUAGUUGCACUUUUUGUUUAUUUAAAAGAAGAAAACUUUUAUCUGUUUUUCCUGCUUUCUCUCCAAAAUAUUUAAAUGUACUCUUGCAUCGUGGCAGCAAUACUGUUGAUAUUGUUAUUUCUUGCAUGGGAAAUUGCUUGUGAUGUACCUUAUUUGAAAGUCAGUGUAUGCAUAUAUAUUUAUACAUGUCAUGAAUUGUAUAU